AACAUGAUGGAAGAGAUAAAAUGCGAGAAGCACAAUGAAUUGUGCUUCUUGAAAACUGGAUUAAAGGAAGGGCCAACAAAUGGUGUUAGUUUUUAUAUCUGCAGCCAGUCAGCCACUUGUGGUUUUGUAAAGAAAUCCGGACUGCAAAAAUUAGAGUGUCCAAAACACCACACCACUGUAGAUCUUCAGUCCAUAUUCUGCUCAAAGAAAAAUGAUGAGAAAAGGCAGUAUUACAGAUGUCGUAGGAGAGACUCACAUGAGAACUGGUGUGGAUAUUUUAAUUUAAGAAAGGAGUCUUCCAGACCUCUGGGAGACUAUAAUUACCAAGAGAGAAAGAAAUCAACGGAAAAUAAGGCAAAGACAAUGGCUUCAAGAGAAUCGGAAAAGCCUGCAAGAAACUCCUCAGCUAAAGUGGACUCGGACAAUGUUUCUUCUGGCGUCCAAAGACGUACCUCUGAGGAAGAAAGAGAAGGGGGUUUGGCCGAGGAAUUGGCCAAUCUAAGUAUCGAAGAAGGUGUCCAGCAAAGAGGAAAUGAUAAGUCUGAGACUGCAAAGACCAGAGAAAAUAAGUUAAAAUUAAAGAAGACAAGAGAUUCAGAUGCAAAGAAAGAUGAAUCUGCUUUUGAAAAGUAUCGUGAUCUUUCAUCCACCUCUGAAUCGGAUAGUAUAGAUAGUUUUGAUUCUCCCUGCUCUAAGAGUAACUCUGCUAUUGGGAUAUCAGACUCAGAACUUAGUCCAAUCAAUAGGGAGGAAAAGACUCAAUCAGAAUUGAAGGAAGGCAGGGAGAAAAAUGAAACUCCCAGCCACAGACAUAAAUAUGAAGGAAUUGGGAGGAUCAAAAAGAAGAGCCCUCAGUCUAAUUCACAGACAGACUCCUCCCCCGAGCUUCCAUUGAUACAGAGAAUUAGAAUGAAGUCUGGAGAGCAAGUGACAGCUGGUCGUAAAAGCCCCAUAGAAAUCGUGGAGUUAUCCAGUGAUGAGGAAGAGGGGGAUCCAAGGGGAGCGGGGUCAUCCUCACAGAGGCCAACAAGUCCACAGGACCAACAGGCGAGAUACGAACCCCCUCCUCAUGCCGUGCCAAGGCUACAGGAACUCAACUCAGCCAAUCAGAAUCCACCUGACAAGAGUAGUCUGCCCCUGACUCCUGCAGAGGAAUGGCAGUUACAGUGUGAUAUUGACUCGAGGAAUUCGUUACUUCCGCAGUUAAAUAGGCAAAAGCAUGUGAUAGCAACUGUCAAAAUGUCAACUUUACCAGAUAAGGGGGAAAAACUCCGCAAGCAGGUGGAUGAUAUUGAGAGAGCUGUGUCAAAACUGAACAAGAGAAUUGCUGAUCUGAAAUCAAGGUCCAAAUCUAAAGCUCCUGUCAGUAUAUUACCAAAGCCCUCAGUAACCACUGGUCAGCCCCAGGUGGUCAAGGUUAUUCCUGGAGGACAAGGUCAAACUCAAGGCCAGCCACAGGUCAUCAAAGUUUACUCAGCUGGAGCAGACGGGCAGCAGAAACUCAUUCAUGUUGUUCAGCCAGCAGGGGCUCAGAAAUCAGGACCCACCAGUGGCCACGUUCCUCACAACCCCCAGGGACUAAAACAGACCAGCCUACUGCCUCACGCCACCACCAUCCCCCCACAUAUACUACAACAAUUGUACGCAGCCAACCCCCAGGCCCAGACCCUUUAUGGAGGAAGGAUGACUGCAGCUCGACUCCGAGAAGUAGGAAGUGUAACUAAGGAAGCCAUCGAGAAAUUACACAAACAACUAGAGACGUGUCCUGAUUCUAGUACAGAGAUUGGGGACCCUAAAGGACUGAAGGUUUCACUGAUGGCUCACCAAAGACAGGCCCUGGCCUGGCUCACAUGGAGGGAGGGGCAACACCCACCAGGGGGGAUACUGGCUGAUGACAUGGGGUUGGGGAAAACACUGACAAUGAUAUCAUUAGUGCUAAAACAGAAACAACUGAAGCCAAAGGAGGAGGAAGACGAUUGGUUAAACAGAGAUAAACAGCUGGAGAAAGUGGGAAAGAACAUCAUCAAGUCUAGAGCCACCUUGAUUAUCUGUCCCGCCUCCUUAAUUCACCACUGGCACAAAGAGAUCGAGAGAAGAGUGAAAGGGAAGAGACUGCAGGUUCUAAUGUACCACGGACAGAACAGGGAAAAGGAUGUACUGAGGCUUGCUGAUAAUGACAUAGUGCUAACGACAUACACACUAGUUGGGAAGGAGGUAGGAGCUGUUAAUGUAGACGCUGACGCACCGGCUAAAGACGAAGAAGAAGAGGCAACAGAGAACAAACAAGAGAGCACAGCAUCAGGGACAGAAGACGCGACUUUAUUACGGAUCGUUUGGGAGAGAAUCAUUCUGGAUGAGGCCCACAACAUAAAGAACAGGAAGAGCCUGAUGUCAAUGGCCGCCUGUCGACUUCGUGCUCAGUUCCGCUGGGCCAUGACAGGGACCCCAAUACAAAACGAACUGUUAGACGUCUACUCUUUACUCAGAUUUUUGCGAUGUUCACCUUUUGAUGAGUACAAAGUGUGGAAAAGACAAGUAGAAUCUAGCAAAGCUGGUGGGAAUGACAGACUGAACGUUCUCAUUAAGAGUUUGUUAUUGCGGAGAACAAAGGACCAGAUCGAUAAAGCCGGAAAACCUCUGGUUUCUCUACCCUCAAAGUCUUCUUCUGUCCAUGAAAUAGAGCUCUCUAAGGAAGAAAAAAUGGUGUACGAGAAACUGUUUUCUCAAUCCAGAUCCGUGAUGAAGGACUACCUGAGAAGACAUGAAGACAAGGAGUUAGGGAGGGACCCCUGCCCCCAGCCUUCUAUCAAUCCCUUCAGGGACAGACCAGAGGGGGAUCCACCAGGCAGUCUGAGGGGUGGACCAGAGGAGUCGGGACGGUCCAGCGGUCAGAUGAUCCUCGUCAUGUUACUGAGGCUGAGACAAUGCUGCUGCCAUCUCAGUCUGAUGAAGGAGGCUUUUGAUGAGGAGACUAAAGAGACAGAGGGACUAGAACUGGACAUUGUAGACCAGAUGAAGGACUUGAUGUUAGAGUCGGGGGAACCAGAGGAAAAGACCAAACUGACCAGGGAUUCCCCCAUCUUCAACAUGGCGGCCAUGAGCACUAAGCUAAAGGCUGUGAUGGAUAAACUCUAUGAAAUAAAAGAGCUACCAGACAAACAGAAAAGUGUCGUGGUGUCACAAUGGACGAAGAUGUUGGACAUUUUAGCUCAUCAUCUGAAGAUGGCAGGAAUAAAAUACACCAUUAUCCAAGGUUCUGUAUCGGCAAAGAAAAGAAUGGAGGCAGUGGAGGAGUUCAACACGAAUAUUCAUGGACCAGAGGUCAUGCUGGUGUCACUCAAAGCAGGGGGCGUCGGCCUCAAUCUAAUUGGAGGGAAUCACUUGUUUCUGAUUGAUCAACACUGGUAAUUU